AUUAAAUAAAAUUAAAUAAAAUUAAAUAUUUUGAAUAUUUUGAAAAAUUUGUUAUGUGAUGGUAUCAGUUGUGUUGAGUGGAUUCCGUCGGAUUUCUGUUAUUCCCAGUCUUAAAUUCUUACCUCUGAGGGCUUCAGUAUUUAAUUACUCAAGUCAUCACCAUGAGGAGCCGCCGCACUACGCCUACCGCGGCGACGGACUACCAGACGUUAAAUGCGAAGAACUACAACACAUGCUCCACCUAAACCAGAAACUCACCGAAAAAACCGCUCAACAAACCGAGAAAUUUGGCUUACAAAAUGAUAAUUUAGGUUUACAAAGGGAGAAAACGGGAUUACAAAGUGAUAAAAUGGGAUUUAAAACUGAGAAAACGGGAUUACAGAUGGAAAAAUUAGGCAUUGAAGGUGUUGACGGUCAGACAGAGGAAGUGUAUAAUGAGUUAAAAAAUUUGUUUGCUAGGGUUUUAUUAUCGAAUUGGCACGACACUGUGCAGUUGACGAUGAAUAUGGACAUUUGGGCUGGUAAUUUUGACCGUUUAAGACGAGUAGCCAGGGACAUACCACACGUGAAGUUACAACAGCUUUUAACAGAAACUAAAGAAUUAUUUGACGUUUUAUACCAAGUGGAAGAUUUACAAGAUCACCUCUACGAGUUAAUGGAAGAAUUAGCCUUAAACCCGGAGGUUUCGGGGACCUUUGGAGGCACAAACUAUAAUCUCCACAUCAACGAAGUAGUAAAGAGAUACCACGAGUUAAAGAAAAGUUAUCCAGAGUAUACACAGAAACUUAAAGAAUCGCUAGGGUACACACUAGCCAUCAUGAGACAACGGUACACUUUCAACUGGCCCGAAGAACAUUCUUACUUUUAUUAAUCACUCAAUUUUACUCCUUUUUUACACAUCUUUACACUUUUUUACACUUUUUAACACUUUUUUACACUAUUUAAAGCUGUUUUAAUAUAUUAAAAUACAUU